CAGACAGGGCAUGGCAGUUUUAGUUGAACGUUGUUUUUCUUACAGUGGAGACGUGCAAGACCACGCUCUGUAAAUUAGCGCAUACUUUUUUGUUUUGAAGUUUAGUUUAAAGGCUCCCAUAUGAACGAUGGACGGAUUUUACCAGUACCCUGUUUUCUUUGGGUGCCACAAGGAUCUCAGAGAGCAGACGAAGAAAGUGGAAAGAUAUUUCCGUGUCCGUCGGCGAUCAGGCGGAGGAGACAGCGGUCCUCUGACAACCGUGGCUGAAAACGUCUACAGCAUAACUUUCAGAAAUCAGAAAGAUCAGCAGGAAGUACUUAGGAGAACCGAGCAUGUUUUGGACCUCGCGGGUGUUCGUCUUGUGCUCACUGUCCGGGACAGCCUGGAGCCUCCCACCUCCACCCACACCACUAACUCCACACCUGCAGCAGAGAACCCUCAAUCCACUCCUGCUUCAUCUGCUCCUCCAAGUGGUGAAGAGGAUGAACCACAACUUGAUAAUUAUGUGUCUUAUUACAUGAAGGAAAGUGAAAACACAGAGACAGACCUGAACAAAGACUUCACCUCUGUGUGCUGUUCUCAGCCUCACCCAGCAGAAGGGAACGCUUUAGCCAGAUGCAGAAGACAUGUCAGGUUUCAUUGAGAAUAUGUCACCUUUAAGUUUGAGUGAAGGAAACACAGUAGUAGCCAGCUACAGCCUUAGUGAUGGGCUCCAGGUGGUGGUGUGUGAGGGUGACAUCACCAGUCUGGAUGCUGACGUCCUGGUGAAUGCUGCUAAUGAGGAUUUGGACCACAGUGAAGGGGUUGCUGCUGCGCUGAGUCAAGCAGGUGGUCCUGAUGUGCAGUGUGACAGUGAUGCUUUAGUGAAGCACAAUGGAAAAAUUCCUACAGGGGAAGUAGUAGUGACCACAGGCGGUAACUUGAAAUGCAAGAAACUUCUGCAUGCUGUGGGGCCUGUGGGUGGAGAAGCAGGAGGCAGAGAGAGAAUCUUACUGGAAAGAACUGUCCAACAUGCCCUUAAUUUAGCAGAAAUGAUGAAGUUCAAGUCCAUCGCCAUGCCGUGUAUCAGCUCAGGCGUGCAUGGUGUUCCUGUCACAGUGUGCUCUGAGGCUAUUGCAACUGCUGUUAAAGAGUUUAGUAGUCGGCGUGAUCGCAGUCUGAGCAGAAUAAUACUGAUAGAUGACAGAGGAAAGGUGGUGAGGGCCAUGCAGGAGGCGUGUGACAGGAUUCUUGAAGGGAUAAGUAACAGAAACAAUGUGGCAAGUGAUGUGGAGUUUCCGGUGGAUGCUGAUAGCCAAGAUGCAGAAAGACGAGCUGCUGCUGGAGCUCCUGGAGGCAGAAUCUGUGUAGAGAUUGUUCAGGGGACCAUUGAAACACAGCAGGUUGAUGCACUGGCAUCUCCAAUGGUCGGCAAUGAUCCCCUGUCGACCCGUGUUGGGAACAUUUUAAACAAGAUGGUUGGUUCUCAGAUGACCUCAUUGUUUAGAAAGGCACGAGGAGAUGAAAGUCUCCCUGGUGACUCGGUACUGUUGGAGGGGUUGGCUGGACUUCCAUCUGAUGCAGUACUCUUCGUCAACCUCAUUCCCUGGAAUGAUGACCUAGAUGGAACUGCAGUGGAGGUUCUCAGACUGGGCAUCAACAACAUCCUGACUUCCUGUGAGGAGAGAGGGUUUGGAUCUGUUGCUCUGCCUGUACUCGGAGCUGGGAUUGCCCUGCGUUUUCCUGACAGUGUGGUAGCCAAGAUUUUACUGGAGCAGGUUAAUGCAUUUCAGCAGAACCGGGCCAGCAGCACACCGCUUGUGGUUCGCAUUGUCAUUCACCCUGAUGCCAGUGAGGUUCUGCAGGCCUUUAAAUUUGUCCAAGAAGCCUUGGAAGUCUGGCAAGACCAAAAUCAAGCACCGACUACAAAGAGGCUCAUCCUGCUGGGGAAAACUGGAAGUGGGAAAAGUCACCUGGGUAACAGCAUAUUUGGAGAAGAUCUUUUCACUGCAUACCACUCUCCUAACUCUGGAACUACAGUAUGCCAGGCAGAGACCACGUCUGUCAAUGGAAGGAGCCUCACUUUGAUCGACACCCCUGGUUUCUUUGACACGGAGAAGUCUGAGGAGGAUCUAAAGCCUGAGAUAAUGAGUUGUAUGACAGAGUGCUCCCCUGGGCCCCAUGCUUUCCUCAUUGUACUGAAAGUGGACAAAUUCACACAGCAGGAGCAGGAAGUUGUCAGUAAAAUAUGCCAAUAUUUCUCAGAAGAUGCUUUAAAAUAUGCUGUGGUUGUCUUCACACAUGGGAACCAGCUGCCUGAAGGGAUGAAAAUUGAAGAGUUUGUCAGUCAGAACCAGAAGCUGAGUGAUCUAGUGGAGAGAUGUGGUGGCCGGUGCCAUGUUUUUGAUAGUAAAUACUGGAAAAACAAUGAGCCCAAUAAUUACAGGAGCAACUGUUUCCAGUUGGAGGCUUUACUCUGUACAAUAGAUGAGAUGGUGAUGGAAAAAAAUGGAGGCUACUACACCAAUGAUGUUCUGCAGAAUGUGGAGAAACAAAUACAGAAACAGGAGGAGCAAAUAAGAGAGUCAUCAGGAAACUUCUCCCCAGAUGAGAUCAGAAAACAGGCUAAAACCAAUGUCACUAAUGAACUUUUGAUCCAGUUGGCAGGGAUGGCAACAGGAGCUUUGCUGGGGGCCUUUUUUGGUGUAGCAGCCAUGGUUGAAGCUGUUAUAAGCACAGUGAGAAAUCCAUUAGAUAUAGUGAGGCUUGUGAAAAAUAUCCCAGCUUUGGCACCUGCAGCAGCUGCAGUAGAAGGACAGGUAGUACUAGCUGCUGGAGUGAUAGCCGGUGUGGGGGCGGCUACUGCAGGAGGGGUAAUGGGUGGUGUCAUCGGGUAUAAAGCAGCUGAGGGAGCAAAAUCACCAAUGGAGGCAGCAAAGAGGGCAUAUCAGGAUGUCUUAAAGAAAAUAAAAAAAAUGCUACGUUAAAGAUGCGUUAAUGGAUGUUUAACGACCUUCUUGUUGUUUCCUGGACGUCAUUCUGUGCCUUUUGACUGUUGUAUGAUGAACAUUUUUAUCUGUCCAGUACUACAGUUACACAGCUCUGGUGUAAAUGAUCCAGUGCAAUCCAAGCAGGCAUCUAAUGCAACUUUAUAGAGUCCUGGUAGAAGUCGAGUCCGUACUUGCAUCAGGCAGAUCUGGAGAACUGGUUUAAUCAGUUCAGUGCAGAACCUCAAAGGAAGGUUUUAUUCCUGCUUCAUUUUGCCAAAUCUAUACACCACAAAAAGACAGUUUUAGGAAAACUGAAAGCACUGCAAAAGAUAAAUAUGUUACUGUUAUAAAUUGUUUUAUUAUUAUUAUUAUUAUUAAUAAUAAUAAUUAAUUUAUUUUUAUUUAGUCUUUUUGUUCUUGGUGCACUUUCAAGUUUAAAACUGUUUCUGCUGCUCUGAAGGUGUGAAUAAAGUGCAAUUGUAAAGUUACCAAAUACUGUAUUUUAUUACAUGGGGGGUGUAAUCACAGCAUUUUAAUGCAACAUAAUGUGUCUCUGUUAAAGCUGCAUCCCAAAACUAGGAUAUUUUAGAUAUUAUUUAUCCAUACAGAGUGAAUGUGACAGUCAUUACUUCAUAAACUAUUUUCUCUUCCACAUGAUCCAAAUGGAUUUUUACCCCAAAAGAUCUGAUUGACUUAUAAAGACUUAAUGAAUGUUUAACCUUUGCUAUGUAAAAUAAGUUGAUUUAUUCUGUUUUUACUCUUUCAGUUUGCAUAUUGUUUUAGUUUGUCUACUUUUUCUCAGUUUUCAACUGUGAUUAUAUAAAAGUUUACAGCUUAUAGGACUGUUCAUGGAUGUUUUCAAGCAUGUGAUCUGACUAAGAUACGCUUGGAUGAGGGGAAUAUCUUUCAUUAAUUCUUUGGUUUGCAUUUCAGUUAUGCAUAACUUUAUAGCCUUGGUUCACUUUGAUUAAAUUUCCGAUGAAUCUUUUCUCAAAUUUUGUUGCUUGUUUGUUCUGUUACAUGUUUUUUUUUAAGCUGCACUUCUU